UGGCAAGAUGACGUUUCUUCUGACCCUUCUCACCUCCCUUCUCCUGGUUGGUCCAGCUCUGGGCCAGGACAUGACCUAUGAGGAGGUCCUGACCCAGCUGCAGGGUUGCCCCAGAGAAUGUCGCUGCCCUCCUAACUUCCCGAAUGCAGUCUACUGCGACAACAAGGGCCUGAAGCACAUCCCCAACAUCCCUCCACACACCUGGUACCUUUAUCUCCAGAACAACCUGAUAGACGUGAUCUCCAAGGACGCGCUGCGCAAUGCCACCCAGCUCCGCUGGCUCAACCUCAACCGCAACAAGCUGACCAGCAAGGGCGUGGAGGAGGGCGUGUUGGCAGACAUGCCCCGCCUAGUGCACCUCUUCAUGGACGACAACCUUCUGGCCUCGGUGCCGUCUGGCCUACCCUCCAACCUGGAGCAGCUCCGCCUCUCCAGGAACCGCAUCUCCAAGAUCCCCGCUGGCGUGUUCUCCGGCAUGAGCCGCCUCACCCUGCUGGACCUGCAGGGGAACAAGCUCCAGGACGACGCCGUGACAGAGGUGAGCCUGAAGGGACUGAGCAGCCUGGUCCAGAUCAACCUGGCCAAGAACCAGCUGAGCAGCAUGCCGCCCGGCCUGCCCCCCAGCACCGCUCAGAUCUUCCUGGAUGGGAACAACAUCGAGAAGAUCCCCGCAGAGUACUUCAAGGGGCUGCCCAAGGUGGCGUUCCUCAGGCUGAACCGCAACAAGCUGGGCAACAGCGGCCUUCCAAAGAACGUCUUCAACAUCUCCAGCAUGCUGGACCUGCAGCUUUCACACAACCAGCUGACUGAGGUGCCUCUCAUCCCGUCAGGUCUGGAACACCUGCACCUGGACCACAACAGGAUUAAGAGUGUCAACGGGUCUGAAAUAUGCCCGGUGUCGGCUGAGGUGCUGGAGGACGACGUCAACGACAGUGUUCCUCGGCUGCGCUACCUUCGCCUGGACGGCAACCAGAUCAAGCCUCCCCUCCCCAGAGAUGUCAUCACCUGCUUCCGCCUCCUCCAGUCCAUCGUUAUUUAGGUUGUUUACUUCAGCUUCUAAACCUCCCAGGCCCUUCUUCACAGGUCAAGGUGUUCAACACCAGACACCCGGAUGGAAAGAUGAUAAUGAGUUAUAAAAUUAUAAGAUAAAGUAAAAGGUAAAUUCCAUUCUAACUGGGUCAGACAAAAGCAAUUGUGAAAUAGAAACCUUUUGUAAAUGUUUAUCCUGAAUUGAGGUCAUUCAACUUCAGCUUCAAGUUUUCUUUGUCGCUGUACUUGGUUGGGGUGCAGUACCAUUUCCAACCACUAGCUGU